UUACGUACAACGCCAUCUAUGUCCAGGGGACGUGAAACGAAAAUAUCGGGAGGGGGAUUUCCACGCAAAGCACUUCCUUUACUUGUUUUGCUUUCGAUCUGGACACUGAAAUAGGCUAAUAGUUUUCAUUUUGGUACGCAAAAUCACACACUACACGGGGAUAACUUUGCGACUGGCAAGAGGACUGUCGAUACCUCAAGUUGAAUAGAACACUUUAUCGCAGGCCACCAUGCCAGUGGAGAGGAUGCGAAUGCGACCAUGGCUGGAGGAACAGAUCAACUCUUGCCUAAUUCCUGGGCUGAAAUGGGUUAAUAGAGAGAAGAGGAUCUUCCAGAUUCCAUGGAUGCAUGCUGCAAGACAUGGCUGGGAUUUGGAAAAAGAUGCUCCUUUAUUCAAGAACUGGGCCAUUCAUACAGGAAAAUACCAACUAGGGAUCGACAAACCAGACCCGAAAACAUGGAAGGCCAAUUUCCGCUGUGCAAUGAACUCUCUGCCUGAUAUUGAGGAGGUGAAAGACAAGAGCAUCAAGAAGGGAACCAACGCUUUCAGGGUAUACAAGAUGCUGUCUGUGUCAGAGCGCCAGACCAAGAAAGGAAAGAAAAGGAGGGAAAAAGAGGGGAAAAACAAGGAACAGGUGGAGCCCAGGUCGUCAUCCAUGGAGAGCAUGAAUGGGUCUGUUGAAGACCAUGAAGUGGUGAGGAUAGAGGUGAAGGAUGAUGUGAAAGAGGAGUACAUUACAGACUGCACAGCUUCCUCAGAAUUUCUUCAUCCGGGCAGUCGCAGCCCUGGGGAUGACCAGCUGAUCAUCGAUGACCUGCCAUAUGUGUGUCAGACCAUCGAGGUGACCACGGAGAAUGAGGAGCAGUCAGUCAGCUCCAGCCACCCGUACCCACUCCAGAUCUCCCCUGUGUCCUCGUAUGGAGAGAGUGACACAGACAGUGUGCACAGUGAAGAGGACUCUAAGGAGCAUCUUCAUGGUGGGCUGUGGGGAUCAAGUUUAGCUUCCUCUGUGCUGAGAGUACCAUCGUGCUCACUACCCAGCAUGGCCACCUUUGUCACAACUGGAAAGGUAACCAACUUCAAAGUGACCAGCACCAGGGACCCCAUGCCCCUCAUCAGCUACAACAACAGCCCCUGGAAAAGGGACAUGCCAGCAGCCCUACACCCUCCUUCAGAGCAGGCUUCCUCCAGCCAGGCCUCUGCUGCAGAGACCCGAGCCAGCGUUAUCAUGAAGACCUCAGACAUCUCUAAGUCCUCUGUGAAGACCUGCUGAAGACCUGGCAGUGCAGUGACUCAAGAUAUGGGCCAGUCAGUGGCAGGCUUGGCGUGGAAAAGCCUUGAUCACAGCUGGCCUUCCUGUUAGACCAGAGUGCCUGCUGGCCUUGUUCGACCAGAGUGCCUACUCAUAGGAAUGACUGGGACAUACAGUACAGUAUAGGGGUAUGGGGCUCUGUGAGCUGUAGAAUAUGGAUCAAUGCCCAAACUGAACCUCCCAAGAUCUCAGGGCCUUUUAGAUGUGAUGGGAGAGAAUUCAUCUACGAACUGUGAAAAUAUUUGUAGGGCAUCUCAUCCCACUUUGCCCACUGUUAAUAAUGUACAUACUAAUUUGUCUGCGUAAUGGCAAACCGCUUCUGCACCUUAUGGAAAGCACUGACGGGGAUGUGUCUGGCCACUCUGGGCUGUGUAUGUGUGUACACUAACAGCAAAGCUGAAGCCAUAGUAGAGGCCUUGUAGAGGCCUUAUCUAUGGCUCACUUUGCAACCUUGUCUUUGGCCUUCAAGGAGAUGUCAUCCAUAGGAUAAAAGGAUGAAGUGAAUAAAUGCACUUGGUAAUUUAUCUAGAUGCCUUUUAAGGCACUCUCUUUUAAGCAUAUAUAUAUAUAUAUAUAUAUAUAUA